AUGUUUGCAGCACAGAGUUUGCUGCGUUCUAUGGUCCGACAACUGCUGCUCCAGGCCGCCUUAUGUCAUGUCUGUCUGGCGUUCGUUCUCGAUGUGGGGGCGCCGCGAUCGGGGAUUCAGAGCACAUACGAGGCCUUUAAGAUCUUGAAGCUGAACACGCUUUGGAGUGGAUACUUUACUGACUUACGGUGGCCGUGGUGUUACUAUCUGUUUGGCAAUGCUUCUGGAGUCUCUGGCCCCCCGCCCAUGGGUAAUCUGACUGGAUGGGAGGCAGCUUUGGACGAGCCCUUCCACUUGAUAUAUGACGAGGUCUUGAAAGCUAUGCCGAACGCCAAGUUCGUGUACACAACAAGCCACCCAGAUGAUUGGUACAAUCAGUACCUAGAGUUCUUCGAGUCCUUCGGAGUCAACAACAACGUGACAAUUUACGAUCGUCGCAAGUACUAUCCUGGCCAUGACCACGGGAUCAACAGGCAGACGGCGCUUCGAGGUCGAUUGCAUCAGACUCGCAGCCACUUUUUCCCUCAGCUUCCAGGGCAUCCUCUUCACGGAAUGCCAAGUUCACGGUGGGAUUUGGAUGAGCCGCGAUGGAUGUGCGAGGCGGCACACUACUGGGGAUGUCGAUUUUCAGACAAGGAGCUGAGACACAAGCCAGAAGUGCGGCAACGAUGCAUCAACGGCUACCUCAACCACGAGAAAAGGGUGAUGCGAGUCAUCCCGAAGGAGCAACUCCUGAUUUUCAAUGUAUCCGAUG